CUUGCAUCUCGCAAACAGGUACCUCACUCAAGACAUUGCGGAUCCAGACCGCACCGCGGCAUCAGACCCAAAAUACAGGAACCACCAUGAAGCUCUUCACUUCCCUUCUGGCACUUGCAGGCCUUGCCACUGCCGCUCUGAACACAACCCGAGAAUACCAGCUCAAGACUUGUCUCAAAUCAGGCCAGUCUGGAAAGUCACGCUACGACAAUCUCUGGCUGUCAUCAUACCACACCGGUGCCGGUCUCAACGAUGUCGUCUUCGACGAAACACGAGCUGCGGCAAGCAAAGGCUUCCUGAACGCCACAAAUGUGACAAGUGGCGAUCGCACGUAUUACAACCAACUUUUCGACCUGGGCACGACCUUUGCCUGGGGCCUCGUGAUCGUUGAGAGUGAGAGUUUCUACGCUGCUUGGCAACCAGUCGAGAUGAAUGCUGGCGUUCAGGGCUCUGACACCGUCGUUUCCGGCUUCUUCAUCAACAGCACCGGCCUGCAAUGGACCAGUGACCCGAAGAGUCCCGGGAGCUCCAGCGAUGCCUUUGGUGGAUGGCUGGUCUGCGACUGGUGGCACGGUGUCCCGCAACUUUUCUUCCGCUUCAAGUACUAUCCAACGUCCGCCUAUCCCGCUCCCGCCAGCUGUGCAGAUAUCGACUUGCUCCCGCAGUACAUCUAGGAGAACUGUACUGCCGAGGGUACCGAUGUGGCUCACGGCAUCAUUGCCAAGCCGGAACAACGUGCAGACGCUGCGUUCUUCUGCAAGUCUGGAUAAGUCUUGUACAGUCAAUGUGGCGGGUAUGAAGGGGGUAGAGAAAGGAGCGUUGAACAUGAAGACAUAAUUUUGGGUUUCAGCAUCAGCAUUGCAUUAGCAUGAAUGUAACGACGUAAUGUAAUGAUCACCACAGC